CAUGUCCGUUACGUGUAAUCUUCAAAAGCGCUUACAAGUCAUUCAUCGAGAAAAGACGAUUAACGAUGUUCAUUUAAGAAAGAGUCAAACUUUUAUUGAAACUUCUAAGAAUAAGAUUAAUCAAUCAAUGAAGAAACUAAGGGAAGAGAAUUGGACAAAGCAACACGAAGCUAAAGGAAGCGAAGAAUGGAGAGAUUUAACAUCGGCGUCGGUAAGAGCAAACCUAAGAAGAGAGAGAUUAUUGUUAAUCGAACAAAUUCAUAAGGAUAAAAGGAAAAGUAAACUUGGAAAUUUCUAUAAUCAAGUCGAAGAGCACAAGGUUGAAUUGGAAAAGAGUAAGACUUUUAUGCCUAGUCUAUCAACUAAACGAAAGGAAAGUGGGCUGGACUCGCUAAUUGCCUUUAGCAAAGCUAUUACAGCGUUUAUGAAUUUCGAAAAGAAACCAAAUACUGGUGAUGAGAACUCACCAGAAGCGCUAAAGAGGUGCAAAUAUCUAAGGAUAUAUGAAAAGCGGACUGAAGAAGUAGAAAAGCCAACAAGUAUCAAGUAG